UCAAUACAGUACCUGCAUGCAUCAUUCUUCAGAAAACAGUAACUCAAGAUCACAUGGAUCCUGGGAACAGAAGGCACUGGCUAGUUGCUUUACAUGCAUCUCAAAAGCCUCUGAGUGCUGUGUCUACCUGCGGGGUGAAGAAACAUCACUUCAGUCCUGGUACCGUGAGGCUUCCAGAGAUUUGUCCUUACAAGAAUUCCAAGCUUCUCAUCUGGAAGCUGCCUUUCCAGAGCUUGGUGAGAGAGAUUGCCAAGAAUUUCAAAACAGACUUGAAGUUUCAGAGUGCAACCACUGGGGCCUUCAGGAGGCUGGUGAAGCACACCUGCUGGGUUACUUGAAGAUUCUGAUCUGUGCCAUCCACACCAAGAGAGUCACCUUCGUGCCCAGAGACACCCAGCUGCAUCACCAGAUACAGGGAGAGAGAGUUUAAGCGAAGGCAAUUUUUAUUGUGUUUUGAAUAUAGUAAAUUCUGUGAAAUGCUUUGGUUGAAUUGGUGACUUUUUGUAAGAAAUUAUUUGUAAUAUGUUGCGUUUGUACAUAAGUCAUUCCAUCUUUCACUCAGGAUGAGUGGGAAAAGUGAUUGUUCACAGAUUUUAGUGGUGUGAGCACUGUUGCUCAGGAGUGACACGGUGCUAAUAUGCAGGAGGAUGGCUGAUAGCUCUUGCUUCUCAGGAUGCAUAUUUCUGUAUGUUAAUGAACUACUGGGUAGCUAUUAAGGUAACAAUUGAUAAAUGUGUGCAGGGUCCCCUUGCAAUAAAGCUGGUUAUGAUUUGA